AUGGCCGUAGUCUCAGAUGAUCCCACUUGGUGGUCGACCAUCAAUGCAUAUAGUUUGUGCAGCUAUUUUAUAGUCGCUGCCUUUGUUGCAGUCAUCAUCACAGAGGGAACCCCUUCUCCACGAUCACAGAAAGGUAAGGAAGGAUUGCUACCCUCCAAGUAUAAGCCACACGACUCUGGCAUCAUCCUCAGCAACGAUGAGUCGAUUCCCGCUGACCUGCACCAAACCGGUUCGGUGCAUGGACGACCAAUACUCUCUCAUGAGUCAUAUACCCUGAAAUACCACUAUGAAACCCUUUUCCCUUUUAUCUGA